UACACACCACAACAGAUUUUCAAUGUGGAUGAAACUGGCCUCUACUGGAAAAAGAUGCCUGACCGAACCUACAUCAGUAAGGAGGAAAAGACGAUGCCUGGCUUCAAAGCUGCAAAGGACAGACUGACGCUACUGCUUGGGGUAAUGCUAGUGGUGAUUUAAAAUUAAAGCCCCUACUGGUGUACACCUCGGAAAACCCACGAGCCCUGAAAAACAUUGCCAAGGCGUCUCUUCCAGUUGUGUGGAAGAGUAACUCUAAAGCUUGGGUCACACAGGCGAUUUUUCAGGAGUGGUUUUAUAAUCAAUUUAUCCCUGAGGUGGAGAAGUAUUGUCGGAGCAACUCCAUUCCAUUCAACGUCCUCCUGGUGCUGGAUAACGCCCCUGGCCACCCACCUUACCUAGAUGACUUUCACCCUAAUGUCAAGGUUGUCUACCUGCCACCCAACACAACCUCCAUUAUACAACCUAUGGACCAGGGAGUCAUCGCAACGUUCAAAAAAUACUAUCUAAGGCGCACUUUCCGCCAGGCACUGAAGGCAACAGAUGAGAAUGAUAUGACUCUGAGCGAAUUUUGGAAGUCAUAUAACAUCUACAAUGCCAUAAAAAACAUUAAUACCUCCUGGUGGGAAAUUACAACCACCUUUAUGAAUGCCGUAUGGAAAAAGCUCUGCCCUCAGGUUGUUUAUGAUUUCACUGGGUUUGAAAAUAUUCAGGAGGAGGUUGUUGACAAUUUAAUGUCCAUGAGUGAGAAACUGGAGCUAGAGCUGGAGGAGCAGGACUUCACAGAGUUCUUUGAUGACCAUGACAAGGAGCUAUCUAAUGAUGAACUACGAGAAUUGGAGAAGCAGAGGAAGGAGGCAGAAGAGGCAGAGGAGGAAGAAGUGGAAAUGCCACCAAAACAUUUCCAAACUAAAAAGAUGGCAGAAGCUUUUGCAUCCAUAGAGGCAGCCUUGGCAAAUUUUGAAGAACAGGACCCAAAUGAAGAACGACAUGCCAAGGUGUCAGCAGCUGUUCAUGAUGCACUGAAAUGCUACCGCGUCAUAUACGAGGAAAAAAAGAAGGCUGUGAGCCAGUCGUCGCUUCAUCGGUUCUUCAAACGGGUAGAUAAACGUGAGGCAACAGUACCAUCCACUCCUCAGUCAGUGCCAUCUACCCAUGAGCCAGUGCCAUCUUCAUCCUCUACCCACACGCCUGACGCUGACAGCGAUGCUGACGACCCCUCCACCAUCUCGUCACCCCGUUCCUCGCCCGCCACUUCCCCCAACAAAUCCAAGUGAACAAGUAUGGUAUGGUGUCAUCCCCCAGUCUAACGGAUAGGCUUCGUGUUGUGUGACGGCCCUGGUUGUGUUUUCCUGCCCAGCUGACCACACGCCAUCUUAUCGAUCGGUUCGCCAGCCAGUCACCACUACAAUAUAUUUUCUUUUAAAUAAAGUAUGUUUCUACAUUAAAGUUGUAUGAAUCACCAUCAAAUAAUAUUAAAAGCAUUACAUAUUACAGGUACUGUAUAAGGUAUGUCGUACUUAUUGGGAUUUAUGUACAGGUAUUCUUAAUGUAAACAAAACUUUAAAACAAUGGGAAAAAAGGCAAUGGAGACCCGACUUUGGAUAUACGAACAAAUGGAGUUACGAACGGCCUCUCGGU